UACAAAAACGAAUCGGUAAUAUUAGAAUUUUAUCUUUUCCCAAAUAUCAUUAAGAGUUCGCAUCUAUAUUUCCUUUUGUUUUGGACAAAUUUGUAAACGAUGGCUUGUACUCGAAAUCAAAUUUUAAAUCUUUAUCGAAAUUUAAUACGAGAAAGUAAAAAAUGGAAUACAUAUAACUUUAGGAUGUAUGCCCUUCGCAAAAUAAGACAAGAGUUUCAACAGAACAAAACGUUACAAGAUGAAAAAGAAAUUGAACAAUUUUUUCAAAAAGGUCAAGAGGCAUUAGAAUUAAUUAAACGACAAGUAAUAAUAGGAAACUUAUAUGGUACAAGACCAUUGAUAAUAGAAACAAAUACUUCAUCUAAAAGUAAAUGUAAUAAUAAAUUAGUAUAAUAUUACCCAUAUAUAUAUAUAUAUAGAAGUCAUGCUAUGUUUGUAAUAUGAUUCUAAUUGAACAUUUUGUGCUAUAGAUACUAUAUAGAUAUUUUAUGUUAAAAAUGAUUUUUUUCUAAUGUUUGAGAUCUUUUAGACUUAUACAUACAUAUAUAUAUAAACAUCAUUAAUAAUACAAUUAUAUGUUUGAGUAGAUAUAACAUAAUUGUACAUUA